UUUUAGUUGUCAUCAGCAUGGGAUGACAUGGCCAACUGUAUGUGGUAUGAAAUGACCAGUUAAUAUGUCAAGCACGAUGCAUGUGUCUCAAUAUUAAUUUGCGGCUACAUUAUUACUAAAGCAAAGCCGUUUAGCAGAAAAAAAGACUGGGACCAAAGUUAACGCAUCUAUACACCUUGUUGGAAAACGUGGAACAUGUAAUGCACAGUAGGUGGAGACAGUGCUCCGUCUGGUCGUAAGUCGCCAUUAAGAAGAAGAAGAUGGGGAAAUUUGGGCUCCAGUUCAAAGCCACUCUUGAGAAUGUAACUAAUGUGAGACCACUGGGCAACGACUUCCGCUGGUUUCUGAAGCUUAAGUGUGGAAACUGUGGAGAGAUCCCAGAUAAAUGGCAGUAUGUAACCUUAGUGGAGAGUGUGCCCCUAAAAGGAGGAAGAAGCAGUGCCAGCAUGGUGCAGAAGUGUAAACUCUGUUCCAGGGAAAAUUCAAUUGAUAUCCUGGGAGACACAAUCAAACCGUAUAAUGCAGAGGACAGCGAAAGAUUCAAGACGAUGGUGCAGUUUGAGUGUCGAGGUCUGGAGCCCGUUGACUUCCAACCUCAAGCUGGCUUUGCUGCGCAAGGAACCGAGUCUGGAACACAGUUUCCUGAAAUCAACCUUCAAGAAAAAGACUGGACGGACUAUGAUGAGAAAGUCAACGAGUCAGUGGGAAUAUAUGAGGUCACACACCAGUUCAUCAAGUGCUGAUGUCAUCAUGGGAUGAUCGAGCCUCAGAGGGGAUUAAUGAACACUACAGCCAAACAUCCUCUGGCCUCUUUGCUGGUAUCAAGGAUGCUUCAGAUGCUGAGGUGGCGUGAUUUGGUUGAUGAUGAACAGUAACAGGUUUAGACUAUUUCCACAGGUUGUCCAUAAACAUCUUGGAUAAUCAAAUGUUAAAAGCUAUUUUCACUGCUUUAAUAAAAUUGAAAGGUGACAA